AUGAUGUUCCCUGUCCAGACAGUGCCAAUCCUAGGAGCCUACAAAGUUAUGGACAAGGUGUACCAGAUCCGUGGAUUCGAUUUGGCGGUUACGACCAUCAUUAAAGCACCCGAAGGUCUUGUUGUAUUUGACCCCCUUGGCACCAAAGUAUCGGCCAAAGAGGCGUUUGACUUCUAUUUGAAGGAGGUUGGACCGAACACGGGUGCCAAUCUGACACUAGCUGCUGUAGUAUGCACACACUCCCAGGAUGAAAUAACUUGGUCCAAAGGAAACAUACAGGUUGUUGCACCACUCAAUUUUGCCGAGGAGGCACUGUCCGAAAACUACAUGGUGAUUGGAAAUAUGGGUAGACGGGCAUGGUGGCAAUUCGGCAAUCUCCUACCUGCCAACGAAAACGCAAGGAUUCAAGCUGGACUCUCGUUCACGCAAUCCAACUCCUUAGUCACGUACGCCGAAGACACUCUGGAAAUCACUAUGGAUAUAUAU